CGCUAUCGUCGUCGUGGUCGUGGUCGUCGUCACUGUCGUGGUCGCCGUCGUCGUCUUCACAGUCGCCGUCGUCAUCGUCGUCGUCGUCGUCGUCAUCGACAUUAUUAUCGUUAUAGCUUUGGUCGUUUACUUACUUACUUCGUCGGCUCUUUCGCCUUCAGUCGACAUCGUCGCCAAAAGACGGCGAUGCACAAACAAUCAAAACAACACAACAACAACAACAAGAGGAGGAAAUACAAAUACACUAGCAAAAACAACAACAGCAACAAUAACAACACAAACAACAUUCACAACAACAACAACAUUCACAACAACAACAACAACAACAACAUGAGAAAAACCACAAGCAGUCGGUACAGCAACAGACUGCACGCCAGCAUGCGAUCUGUGUGGUUGAUUUCGCUGGAGGUGUUGUUUAUCGUCGGCACCCUAGUUCCAAACCUUUCUGAAGGUUUGGUCCAAGCCCAGGACAUUUACCUACCAAAAUCUGCAGGACGUCAACCGGCAGCACGGCCAUCGCCACCACCACCAGCAGCAGCAGCAUCAUCGUCAGCUGGUAGAAGACGUGGUGGUGUUGAUGUUCACGUUGGUGAUGCUGAUGAUGUUGAUGCUGAUGAUGAUGAUCGUGGAGGAAAUGUACAUACCUACAAGGAUAACCGUAAUAUAGUUGCUUUUUUCCAAGGGUCCUGUGACAGCUUGGCAUCCUGUGAGCAAAAGUGUAUCCAAUCAUAUCAUGGAUACUUAUGUGCUUGCAAUGAGGGUUACAAUCUCAAUAGCGAUGGAUUUUCUUGCACACGAGGCAACAAAAGAAACAGUCCAGAAAGCUUAAAAUUCAAAAACAGGAAUUUUACAUCCAACAGUGCUGAUGAGAAGCUGAAACUAAAACAUAACAAUGUGUAUUUAGAAGUGGACGGUACCCUAAAAGGCUACAAACAUGUUUCUGAAAGUCUCAACAGUGAUCCAAUGGACCAGUCACAUGGCCUUACCAAAGACGACAAAUCAAAAACAGAGAAAGAAAACAGCUUCAAAGCAUCUGAGAAGGCAAAAGCCAAAGAAAAGGAUGAUAAACCAUUCUUGGUAAAUCCAGAUCUAAAGCCACCUGGUGGAAUUGAACAUGUGGAAUUCCUUACUGAAACAUUCAAUGUGGCUUGGUUGGAGAUAUGUGGGAAUUAUCCUUGCCAGAAAAACAGCACUUGUGUUGUGGAAGGUAAUGAGCCCCGAUGCGACUGUCCUCUUGGAACGACAGGGAAAUUCUGCGAAGACGAAAUUGUCGUCAGAUACCCAAAGUUGAAUGGCCGAGGAUAUUUGGCUUUCCCUGUGUUGCGUGAUGCUUACAAGCAGUUCCGCAUUUAUCUGGAAAUCAAACCAGAAUCUCCAAAUGGAUUAUUGCUAUUUGCUUCCGAGAAGCCUGAUGCUCGAGGGGAUUUCUUCUCUGUUGCACUUGUUGAUGGACAAGUAGAAUUCCGCUUUGACUGUGGAAAAGGUAUGGUUGCAAUACGCAGUGUUGGACGUGUUCAGCUUGACCACUGGAACAGUAUAUUUGUCCAAAGAGAACUCCGACAUGGUUUUGUACAACUCAACUCUGAAAAUGCAGUUGAAGGAAAAAUUGAGACUGAUUUCAGUAGAAUAACAUUGCGGCAAGAUUUAUUCCUCGGAGGAUUCAACAAUAUGUCAGCUAUAUCAAAGAGAGUUGGAACUACACACAAGUUCUCAGGGUGUAUUCAAGAGCUUGUCAUUAACAACCGCAAAUAUGACAUGAGAAAAGAUCCUUUACUAGGAAAUGCCAUCCAUGGAACUAAUGUCAUGGAAUGCAGUGCCAAUGUCUGUACAGCUGUUGUGUGUGAGAACAGUGGGAAAUGCGCCGUAAAAUCAGCUGACACUCACAUUUGUCUGUGUCCCCUGGGAUAUGUAGGCAGCAACUGUGAGACAAAGUCAACUUUGCAUGUUCCCAGUUUCAAUGGUCAUUCCUUCCUGAAAUAUCAUGGUCUUGACCGAAGUACACUGUCCUUCACUGAAGUUGAAAUGAUUGUCAAACCAACCUCGUUAGAUGGUCUAAUUCUUUACAACGGUUACACCUUAGACCGUAAAGGAGACUUCCUUAUGCUAGCCAUGAGUGGUGGUCAUCUUGAAUUCCGUUUUGACCUUGGAACAGGUCCUGCUAUUAUCAGGAGUCCACACGCAGUCAAUCUGGGCAACUGGCACAUUGUGAAACUAUCACGUACAGGACGAGAUGGUAUCUUGGAAGUUGACAAUCAACCACGAGCAGAAGGUUUGUCUCAGGGUGCCUAUACCCAGCUGACACUUCUACAAGACCUAUACAUUGGUGGACAUCAAAACUUUGAUGAGACAUCCAAAUACGCCAACAUUUCAACAUCAUUUUCUGGAUGUAUUCAAAAAGUUGUAAUCAACGAGAAGCCCCUAGACUUGUUUAAGUCAGCCAAGGAAGGAGUAAAUAUCUACAACUGUGACCAUCCUUGUCAGGGCAGACCCUGCAUGAACGAAGGUGUCUGUGUACCAAGACAUGAUAACUAUAACUGCUACUGUCCACUUGGCUUCCAAGGAAACAACUGCCAGAAAAAGACUGAAAAAAUUAAUGAUGCCCAGUUCUCAGGAGGCAGCUACCUCAUGUACAAGAGUACACCUUUUGUUAAACGAACCCGUGGUAACAAGAUCGACAUUCAGAUGUGGGUGAAACCAGAAAAGAGAGAUGGCCUGCUCUUCUGGGUGGGUAAAGAACAGAGGUCAGCAUUCAGUGACUACUUAGCCAUUGGCUUCGUUGAAUCCAUCCUGCAGUUCCGCUACAAUCUUGGCAGUGGUGAAGUCAUCAUUUCUUACAAUGCAACAAACUUCUUUGAUGGCAGUUGGCACUUUGUCCGAGUUCAGAGGGAUAAACAAGAUGGAUACUUGUUGGUUGAUAACCAGUUUGUUUUCGAAGGAAGUUCACCUGGAACCUUUAGUUCAUUGAACACGGAUAAAAAAAUCUAUAUCGGAGGGAUGCCUGAUAUUGUACACCAUACAAGGCGGAGGUUCACUUCUGGUUUCCAUGGCUGCCUCACUGACUUCACGCUGGGAACUGACCUGAAAGUCGACUUGGUAGAGCAAGCUGAUGUUGGACAGAAUGUUUGGCAGUGUUCUUAAAGGGAACAAUUAUUUUACAUGCUACAAAUUUGAUCAUCCUGUAAAAUCAAUUUAAAAAAAAAAAAAAAAAAAAAACAAUACCAUAUUACAUCAGACAUCAGUCAGCUUGCAUAUAUAUAUAUACACGGAUAUAUAUAUUUCAUCUUAUAUAGUAUAGUUUCUGUUGUAUGGAAAGACAACAGUUAAAUAUUUAAAAAAAAAAAAGAAAAUAACACCCACCACCAACGUAAUCUAAAAAAAAAUAUAUGAUUAAAUAUAAAUGAAAGAUUAAAGAAUGGUCAACUGAAUAUUCUAGAACAAUUUAAAGUGAGCUAUAUUUAUGAAAGAUUAAAUCGAAAGA